AUGGAAGCUUCACCUAGAGCUAAUCUGUUUGCCUUUAAAUGUGUUCAAAAUAUGCUUGCGACUAAUGAUAAGCUUUCUCAAUACACCGACAUACCUAACAGAUGUGCUUUUUGUUCUCAACAUGGAGAGACAAUGGAGCAUAUCUGCUUCACAUGUCCGUUCGCUCGAAGCGUUUGGUUCGCGUCAGCCAGCAGUCCUUUCCCACCAAACACUUACCCGUCUUCGGUGGUUAAUUGGAUUCUACAAUUACAUAUUAACCCUGCAGGUUGGAAUAACUAUCAGGGGCAAUGGAUGGCUAAAUGUAUAAUUACCAUCUGGUAUAUUUGGCUGGCUCGUUGUGAUAAGGUUUUCAGGGGCAUUGACACUAAUCCUGGAACAGAAAUAAAGUGGACUGCUCAAGCAACUCUAGCAAGACAUCCAAGCACAAACAGACCUUCAUGUAGACAUUUCAUAGACCAGAAUUCGGCAUGCCCACCCUUGGGAACACAAAAAAUCAACUUUUCAGGAAUCUAUGACACGCAUAACCAAAAUGGACAAAUAGCUUUGAUUCUCAGAAGUUCUAAUGGCUGGUGCAGGGAAGUGAAGCAGCUGCGAUGCAGAGUGCAAAGUCAGCAUGAGGCGGAGAUGCAGGCAGCCUUGGAAGCAACAAUAUGGGUAAAUCAGUUGAAUUCCAAUGCUAUCCAAAUUGAAGGAAACUGCGCUGAAAUCAUCAAAGCAAUCAAAGGAGAGGCCUGCCACGUCAACUGGAGAGCAAGAUCCAGACUUGCAAGCAUUCACGAGGAAAUUAGGGAAAACGGAAAUGAGUCAUUUCGUGUCAAUAAUCAGGGUUUAAGAUGA